UCCUGUCGAUGCUCCAGUCCAGCCGGUCCACGAUGCUCCUGUCGAUGCUCCAGUCCAGCAGGUCCACGAUGCUCCUGUCGAUGCUCCAGUCCAGCCGGUCCACAAUGCUCCUGUCGAUGCUCCAGUCCAGCCGGUCCACGAUGCUCCUGUCGAGGAGCAUCUCCCUGGCAUCGGGCUCCCAUCCGAGGUCGGUAGCACUGUCUUUUACAGUGGAUCCGCCGAUGAGAACCAGUUCGAGCUCGACGAAGACACGAUCGUUGUCGACCAAGGCGAACUUGAAAUGGAGGACGUUGCAAUUACUGCUGAACCCGCAGUCACCCCGACCGCCGUGUCGAGCGAGGAUACAUCCAUAUCCUUGAAGAGAAAGCGCGACGUCCAAGAUCGGGCCGAAGACGAUUCGUAUAUCGUCCCUGUUUUGGUCUCGGCCAUCCCAUCGGAUGAGAAGAGUUUGCUUCAUGAGCAAUUCUGGGAGGGCCGGCAGAAGUUGCUUGCGAUGAAAACCCUGGAGUCUUUGGGUCGAGCCAGCAACGGCAAUCACGAGACGAUCCAAUUUUUGGCUCAGAGUAUCCUUGUUCUCGUCAAUGGACAAAGUCCACCUGUCGCGGACACUCAACCCAAGCCUGCUGCUCCUGUGAUCGAGGAGCUUCCUGAUGAGCGCUGGUCCUUCCAGAAGCUCGAUGUGGCCGCCCUCAAGGCCGCCUUUGCCGAGCCCGUGGAUCCCAACCCCGCCAACUUCAAGACGGUUCGCCAGCUCAUCGACUCCGACGCCGAAUUGAAGGAUUACUU